CAGUAACAGACUAUCAAGAGAUUAAUACAUAUAUCUAAGGAUCCACAGACUCAACUGCACGCCACAAGAUCUUUUGAACACGACCAGAAUUUCAACUCAAAGGUACAAGAACUUUCAGAAGGCAAUACAGAGAAGUUCAGCCAGUUUUUGCAGUUUCAAACGACAAUUCACAGUAGAUUCAAGCACCCCAGCAUGCAAAAUACCAACUAAUGAUGAUAUAUCAUAAUCUGUUUCUUUUGAUGAGCAAAUUGUAAGGCUGAUGAAAUAUCAAGUCAAGCAGAAAUGGUGCUAUCAGAGGAUGAAGAGCAGCUCCAGGAAGGCGAGCGAUUUGAGGCUGGAGAAGAGACAGGAAGGGGAGUAAAAGAUAAAAUGCCAAGAAGUAAUGACACUGAAGAAGGUUUACUUGAAGAUGACACCACUAAAGUCUACAGCACUGUACAUACUGGAGAGAAGAUUGUAAAGCCAAGCUUUCAGGUGGAAAGUCCUGAGGAAGCAGCAUCAAAAUCGAGUGGUGAAGAUGAGGGGAACAAUACAACAGUGGAAGAGCCUCAUCUGUCAAAACAGGUUCAUGAUGGACAUGGGAUACAAGCCAUCCCCAGAGAGCAGAUUGCAGAAGCCAAUGUUGUAUUUGUCACCCCAAAACCAAUUGAAGAAGAAAUGCCAAAGAACCAUCAAGACAGAGAAAAUGAAACAAAAGAUUCAAGAGAAGAGGAUGGCUGUUUAAAGAGUAUAAAAGAAGGCAAUGUCAAUGACCUUUCGCAAGAGUCUAUAGGAGUAGGUCCAACUCAGAACUUUGAAGAUGAUAAAAAGGAAACAACAAACCUUUCCAAAGGAGAGACUUUUUAUGAGCAGCAGACUGCCAGUGUCAGGGCAUGUGAGAGAAUUGCACUGGGGACAAUUCAUAAUACGGAAAGCCUGGAAAAUAUUCCUGGUGCUUCAUUGGUAAAACGAAAAGAAGGUCUGCAAGGAGAAGUUGAGAAUCAACAUUCAACCGAAUCUUCAAUAGAGAACAGAGAUGAGGUGACAUCUUCUAUAAAAAUUACAGAAAUCGGUGCAAGGGUAACAGGAGGUGAAGAAGAAACAGAUCACACUUUAAAGAAUGAUGAACCAGGAGAGACAGAUCGCGAAGUUGAAAGCCCUGGAGAGGUUCUUGAUACUGCAAAACAAGGGAAUGGUUUGCAGGGAGACGAUGAUAACCUGGUUCCACCAGAAACCUCAAUUAACAAAAGAGAUGAGCUCACAUCUUCUGUCAAAACGUUUGGGGACAACCAUGAGAAUAACAGGCUAGCUGAGGCUACAGAAAACAGUGCAAAAACAACACCAGAAGAUUCAGAACCUCCCUUACAGAGAGAUGAAACAGGAGAGAGCAUUGCGCUCGAGACAGCACAUGGAGUUGAAAUCCCAAAGAACAUUCCUGAUCUUGCAUUGGUGAAGCAAGAUGAAGGACUGCAGGAAGAAUGUGAGAAGAUAACUCCACCAGAAGCUGAAAUAGAAAAAAGACACGAGGACACAUCUUAUAAUAGUCUAUCUGAGGCUACAGAAAACAGUGUAAAGGCAACACCAGAAGGUCAAGAAGAUUCUGAGCAUGCGUUACAUAAACAUGAAACAAGAGAGAGCAUUGCACUCGAGACAAAUCAUGGAGUUGAAAAGCCCAAAAACAUUCCUGAAUCUGCAUUGGUGAAGCAAGAGGAAGUACUGCAAGGAGAAGUUGAGAACCAAUACUCGACCGAAUCUUCAAUUGAGAACAGAGAUAAGGAGACAUCUUCCAUCAAAGUGGCUGAAGACAAUGACAAAAAUAACAGGCCAGUUGAAACUACAGAAAACCAUGCAAGGGUAAUACAGCAAGGUGAAGAAGAAAGAGAUCAGAUUUUACCGAAUGAUGAACCAGGAGAGACAGAUUGUGAAGUUGAAAGCCCUGGAGAGGUUCUUGAUACUGUAAAACAAGGGAAUGGUUUGCAGGGAGACGAUGAAAAAGUGGUUCCACCAGAAAAUUCAUUUAACAAAAGAGAUGAGCUCAUAUCUUCUGUCGGAAUGUAUGGUGACAACCAUGAGAAUAACAGGCUUGCUGACGCUUCAGAAAACAGUGCAAAAACAACACCAGAAGGGGAAGAUUCAGAACCUCUCUUAAAGAGAGAUGAAACAGCAGAGAGCAUUACACUUGAGACAAAUCAUGAAGUUGAAGUCCCCAAAUACAUUCCUGAUCCUGCAUUGGUGAAACAAGAGGAAGGACUGCAGGAAGAAUGUGAGGAGUUGGCUUCAACAGAAGCUGAAAUAGAGAAAGGAGAUGGGGACAUAUCUUAUGUCAAAGUGACUGAAGACAACUAUGCCAAUAACAAGCUGGUUGAGGGUACAGAAAAUAGUACAAAAACUACACCAAAAGGUGAAGAAGAUCCUGAAAAGAGCAUUGUACUCGAGACAGCACAUGGAGUUGAAAUCCCAAAGAACAUUCCUGAUCUUGCAUUGGUGAAGCAAGAGGAAGGACUACAGGCAGAAUGUGAGAAGAUAGCAUCACCAGAAGCUGAAAUAGAAAAACAACAUGAGGACACAUCUUGUGUCAAAGUGGUUGAGGACAAAGAUGUCAAUAAUAAUCUAGCUGAGGCUACAGAAAACAGUGCAAAGGCAACACCAGAAGGUCAAGAAGAUUCUGAGCAUGCGUUGCAUGAACAUGAAACAAGAGAGAGCAUUGCACUUGAGACAUAUCAUGGAGUUGAAAGUCCCAAAAACAUUCCUGAUUCUGCAUUGGUGAAACAAGAGGAAGUAUUGCAAGGAGAAGUUGAGAACCAAUAUUCAACUGAAUCUUCAAUUGAAAACAGAGAUGAGGAGAUGUCUUCCAUCAAAGUGGCCAAAGACAAUGAUGAAAAUAACAGGCCAGCUGAAACUACAGAAAACCAUGCAAGGGUAGUACAACAAGGUGAUGAAGAAACAGAUCAUGUUUUACAGAAUGAUGAAUCAGGAGAGACAAAUUGUGAGGCCUUUCAAGAGAUUCUUGAUACUGUGAAACAAGGGAAUUACUUGCAGGGAGAUGAUGACAACCUGGUUCCAGAAACUUUAAUUAACAAAAAAGAUGAGCUCACAUCUUCUGUUGAAGUGUUUGGGGACAAGACUGAGAAUAACGGGCAAGCUGAGGCUACAGAAAACAGUGCAAAAACAACACCAGAAAGUGAAGAAGAUUCAGGACAUGCCUUACAAAGAGAUGAAACAGGAGAGAGCAUUGCACAUGAGGCAAAUCAUGGAGUUGAAGGCCCCAGAAACACUCCCAAUCCCGCAUUGGUGAAACAAGAGGAAGGACUGCAGGCAGAAUGUGAGAAGUUGGCUCCAACAGAGGCUGAAAUAGAGAAAAGACAGGGGGACAUAUCUUAUUUCAAAGUGGCUGAAGACAACAAUGCCAAUAACAAGCUAGCUGAGGAUACAGAAAGAAAUACAAAGAUACUAUCAGAAUCUGGAGAAGAUUCGUAUAAGGUACUGCUGACCGAUGAACCAGGACAGACUAUUAGAGGUCUGACCAAUCACAAUGUCAAAAGCCCUGAAAAUAAUCUUGAUUCUUUGUUGGCGAAACAAGGGGAAGGUAUGCAAGGAGAAAGUGAUAACCUCGGUCAGACAAAAACUUCUAUCAAAGUGGCUGAAGACGAAGACAAUAUCGGGCCGGUUGAGACUACAAAGAACAGUAUAAAGGUCAUACUGAAAGGUGAAGAAGAUUCAGAACACGUCUUGCAGAAAGAUGAUCCACAACAGAAACCCAUACAGGAGAGAAAUCAUGAUGUUGAAAAACCUGAAGAAAAUCUUGAUAAGUCACUGGUGAACCAAGAGGAAGACCUCCAAGUAGAAGGUGAGAACUUGGCUCCAACAGAAGCUUCAAUGGAGAAUAAAGAUGAGGACAUACCUCCUGUCAAAAUGGCUGGACACAAAGCCGAAAACAACAUGCAAGAUGAGGACAGAGAAAACAGUCCAAAGGGAACACCCAAAGUUGAAGAUUCAGAACAUAGUUUGAGUAAAGAUGCACAAGAGAUCAUUGGCUGUGAGGCAGAUCGUGAAAUUGAAGGCCUUGAAAAAUUUGAUAAUAGUCCAUUGGUUAACCAAGAGGUAUUUCUGCAGAGAGAAGGUGAGAACCUGAUUUCAAAAGAAGCUUCAGUGGAGAGAAGAGACGAGAACACAUCUUACAUGAAAAUAGCCAAAGGUAACAAUAAUGAUGACAAUGAUGGGCUUGCUGCUGAGGCUGCAGACAUUAGUGUUAAGGCAACAGGAAAAGGUGAAGAAAAUUUGGAAGAGGUCUUACAGAAAGAUGAACCAGGAAAGGAGCCUGAACAACUUCUAGAUGUGGUAUCUGAAGAUAAGGAGGCAGAAUAUAUACUCGAAAAGAUGGAAAAUACUACCCUCGUGAAAGAGGAAGGAAUCAUUCAGAAUCUUGAAGAAACUUCGGAAGUAGAAAAGAAAGAAGAAACAAAAACUGUGGAUGAUAAAAAAGAAAAAGAAGCUGCAAUAGAAAAGGUGUUCAAUACUACUAGUUUCAGCGAAGAAACUGGAGUACAAAUGGCAGAGGAAAUUCAUAAUGUUCGGGACCGGUCUCCAGAAUUCAAUGAGAAGGAAAUAACCAAAGAAAACUCCAUAGAAGAACAGCAAUGUGGGGCAUUAGAGACAGCAGCUUCAAGUACAAAUACAGAAAAAUCAGUCAUAGAGAAACCAGCUACUGCAGAACUCCCGUCUUCAUCGGAUAAAAAAGAAACAGUAAAGGAAAGCUUAAAGGAAGAAGAAAGUGAUGUUACGGUGUUAAAAGAAGAGGCUGGAGGCACAGCUUUGGAGUUCAUAAAACAGACAGAUUUGACAGAGAAAGCAAAAGCAGAGACCUUACAGGACUGUGCAGGGCAAAGUAGAGACUUCACUGCUUUGACUACUAUAGAGAACUAUUUUAUUAUUCCUGAGGUGCCUGUGGAAGAGAUUAAUGAAAAGCUUCUGAAGCAAGAAAAAAACACAAUUAUUGAUUCUGACUCUGCAUCUGAAGCAGUUGUGAGUGAGUUAGGGUUGAAAGAAACCAAACCAGAUAACAAAGAGCAUGCCAAAAGCUUUGAUAUUGUUCCUGAAGAGAAGGGUCUAGCAACCAUUGAAACAGGAGUUAGUCUAGACUCUGUAGAUAUUGAGGUGCAAUCAGAGGAAAAUUCAAAGUCGGAAGAGAAUAUGAGCAAGAAGAUUUUAACAGUAGCAGAUGAAACUGGAGAAAAAAUUGAGCAUCAAAUGGAAGAUAAAGCUCCUACUGGGGGAAUUGACAAUGAAUUAUCAUUGACCAGUAGGGAGACAACUUUAGAUGGCAUAUCAGAAGAUGGCUCUCGAGAUUCUUACAUAAUGCCAUUACAAGAACAUGAGCCCACAACAACCGAAGUGGGCAAGAUAAUGGAAGAGACUUCGGCAAGAGAUGAAAUUGCAAAAAUUCCUUCAAGUGUGCAAAAAACAGACGAGAAGUUAAUACAAAAGGAAGAUGAAUCCAUUAAUCCAACAGAUGUCUCUGAACUUUUGUCUUCAGAUGACGGGAAGGAUGGUGCGAUUGAAGAACUAAAGCACGAGGAUGCAGAGUUGCACAUGCCCCCAAAGCGACACAUUGAAAAGAACAGCUAUGAAACUGAAGAUGUGGAGAUAUCAAAGAGAGGAGAAACAAGUGCUUUAGCAGAUCAAACAGAGGUAUGCAAAUUGGAGUCUUUGGAAGUUGAAAAUCCAUCUGAUGACCCCUCAAAGCCCAUUGCAGUCAGUCCAUAUCAAGGUAGCGAAAAGACUAUCUUGGAACAAGGGGACUUUGUUCAGACUGAAGGAAUCUUAACAGGUGUUCUAGUAGAGAAAGGAACAACUGGCAUGAAAACAAAUGUUUGUAGCCAUGAAUGUGAACCAACAAACGCCAAAACCAAUGAACUAUUGGCAGAAAAGAAUCUUGAAUCAGAUGAUCUGGGUCAAAAGCUAGUUUUCGGCACCGAAUCAGAGGCCAAAGAUCCAAGUCAUGAAACACUACCUCAAACCAACAAGAGCCAAACUGAAGAGAACAGCAAUGAUGUUCAGGAUUGGAAUUUUGAAUCAGUUGAACCACAAAUUACACCACAAGUUCAAGGUAAAACAGAGACAAAAAUGGCAAUGGAGACCAAAUUGAAGGCUGAAGAUCAAAUAAAUGUAUCACCAACUACAAAAGAGACCAUUACAACUCACACUGUAACUGAAGGGGUGCAUGAAAGAAUUCAGGAAGUUGAUGGAAGUGAAGGCAUCAAAGAACAGGCCAUACACGGAGAUAUUGAGUUGAAGGAAACUCAUAAAGUAUCUGCUGAAGACUACGCAUUUGAGAAGGUGGAAGACUGUGGAACAAAAUCUACUGAUUACCUAGAGGCAACAGACAGUGAGCAAACAGAAACUGUUAAAGCAGAUAUCCAAGAAGCAACAAGGGAGACAGAAACAUCUGGUACAAAAGCACUGAAAGAAGAAAAGAUACAAGAUGAGUUCAGUCUUAAGCCUGAAGGUGUCAUGACAGCAGUAGCUAAAGAUUCAGAAGAAAAGAUCAAAGUGGAAGUUGAUCAUUUCCUUGAAGAAAAUGACAAUGCAACUGUGGUACCAGCAGAGUCAAUCGUAGGAGAAGUUCCCAUGGAUGACAAAGCUGUCAAGGAAACAAGCUCGGAUGAGAGAUUAGAAACUAUCACAAUUCAGCCUCGUCCACAAGCUGAAGAAGCGGGCAGCAAGAAGCUCAGAAUCGAGGGUGUUGAUGGAAGUGAAAGCAGCAAAGAACAGGCCAUACAACAAGAGAGUCAGUUGAAGGAAAUUUAUGAAGUAUCUACUGAAGAAGACAUACUUGAGAAGGUGGAAGACUCUGGAACAAAAUCCUCUACUUACCUAGAGGAAACAGACUUCAGUGAGCAGACAGAAACACUUACAACAAAUAUUCAAGAGACAACAAGAGAGAUAGAAGCAUCGGGUACAAAAGCACCAGAAGAAGAAAACAUACAAGACAAGUUCAGUCUUAAGCUUGUAGAUGUCCCGACAACAGAAGCUGAAGAUACAGAAGAAACAAUUAAAGAAAAGAUCAAAGUGGAAGCAAAUAAUAUUCUUGAUGAGGAUAACAAUGUAACUGCGGUACCAGUGGAGUCACCCAUACAUGAAGCUCACAUGGAUGACAAAGCUAUCAAGGAAACUAGCCCGGACGAGAGUUUAGAAACGGUCACAUUUCAGCCUUGUCUACAAGCGGAAGACGUUGGCAGCAAGAAACUCCCAAUUGAGGAAGUUGAUGGAAUUGAAGGCAUCAAAGAACAGGCCAUGCAUGGAGAGCGUGGGUUGAAGGAAAUUCAUAGAGUAUCUGCUAAAGAUGACAUACUUCAGAAGGUGGAAGAUUGUGGAACAAAAUCCUCUGAUUACCUAGAGGCAAUAGAAUCCAGUGAGCAGAUAGCGACAGUUAAAGCAAAUGUCCAAGAACCAACAAUGGAGACAGAAUUAUCUGGCUCAAAAGCACCGAAAGAAGAAAAUAUACAGGAUGAGGUCAGUCUCAAGCCUGCAAAUGUCUCGACAAGAGAAUCUGAAGAUGCAGAAGAAAAGAUUAAAGAAUAUAUCGAAGUGGAAACAGAUAAUUUUCUGGACGAGGAUGACAAUACAACUGCGGUACCAACAAAGUCACCCAAACGAGAAGCUCACAAGGAUGACAAAGCUGUCAAGGAAACUAGCUCGGAUGAGAGUGUAGAAAUUAUUACAAUUCAGCCUUGUCCACAGGCUGAAGAAGUUGGCAGCAAGAAACUCCGAAUUGAGGAAGUUGAUGGAAGUGAAGGCAUCAACGAACAAGCCAUACAUGGAGAGAGUGAGUUGAAGGAAAUACAUAAAGUAUCUGCUAAAGAUGACAUAGUUGAAAAGGUGGAUGAUUGUGGAACAAAAUCCUCUGAUUACCUAGAGGAAAUAGACUCCAGUGACCAGACAGAAAUAGUUAAAGCAUUUAUUCAAGAGCAACCAAGGGAGACAGAAGCAUUUGGUGCAGAAGCACCAGAAGAAGAAAAAAUACAAAACGAGGUCAGUCUUAAGACUGUAGAUGUCUCGGAAACAGAAGCUAAAGAUACAAAAGAAGCGAUUAAAGAAAAGAUUAAAGUGGAAGCAGAUAAUUUGUUUGAUGAGGAUGACAAUGCAACUGCGGUAUCAGCAGAGUUACCCAUACGAGAAGCGCACAUGGAUGACAAAGCUGACAAGGAAACUAGCUCGGAUGAGAGUGUAGAAACUAUUACAAUUCAGCCUUGUCCACAGGCUGAAGAAGUUGGCAGCAAGAAACUCCAAAUUGAGGAAGUUGAUGGAAAAGAAGGCAUCAAAGAACUGGCCAUACAUGAAGAGAGUGAGUUGAAGGAAAUUCAUAAAGUAUAUGCUGAAGAUGACAUACUUGAGAAGUUGGAAGACUGUGGAAGAAAAUCCUCUGAUUACCUAGAGGAAACAGACUCCAGUGAGCAGACAGAAACAUUUACAGCAGAUAUUCAAGAGCCAACAAGGGAGACAGAAGCAUCCGGAACAAAAGCACCGGAAGAAGAAAACAUACAAGACGAGGUCAGUCUUAAGCUUAUAGAAAUCUCGACAACAGAAGCUGAAGAUAAAAAAGAAACAAUUAAAGAAGAAAUACAAGUGGGAGCAGAUAAUUUGCUCGAUGAGGAUGGCAAUGCAACUGCGGUACCAGCAGAGUCACCCAUACCAGAAGCUCACAUGGAUGACAAAGCUGUCAAGGAAACUAGCUCAGAUGAGAGUGUAGAAACUAUCACAAUUCAGCCUUGUCCACAGGCUGAAGAAGUUGGAAGCAAGAAACUCCAAAUAGAGGAAGUUGAUGGAAGUGAAGGCAUAAAAAAAGACGCCAUACAUGGAGAGAGUGAGUUGAAGGAAAUUCAUAAAGUAUAUGCUGAAGAUGACAUACUUGAGAAGGUGGAAGACUCUGAUUACCUAGAGGAAACAGACUCCAGAGAGCAGAGAAAAACACUUACAGCAGAUAUUCAAGAGCCAACAAGAGAGACAGAACCAUCCGGAACAAAAGCACUGGAAGAAGAAAAGAUACAAGACGAGGUUAGUCUUAAGCCUGUAGAAAUCUUGAUGACAGAAGCUAAAGAUAAAAAAGAAACGAUUAAAGAAGAAAUCCAAGUGGAAGCAGAUAAUUUGCUCGGUGAGGAUGGCAAUGCAACUGCGGUACCAGCAGAGUCACCCAUACCAGAAGCUCACAUGGAUGACAAAGCUGUCAAGGAAACUAGCUCGGAUGAGAGUGUAGAAACUAUUACAAUUCAGCCUUGUCCACAGGCUGAAGAAGUUGGCAGCAAGAAACUCCAAAUUGAGGAAGUUGAUGGAAAUGAAGGCAUCAAAGAACAGGUCAUACAUGAAGAGAGUGAGUUGAAGGAAAUUCAUAAAGUAUAUGCUGAAGAUGACAUACUGGAGAAGGUGGAAGACUGUGGAAGAAAAUCCUCUGAUUACCUAGAGGAAACAGACUCCAAUGAGCAGACAGAAACAUUUACACCAGAUAUUCAAGAGCCAACAAGGGAGACAGAAGCAUCCGGAACAAAAGCACCGGAAGACGAAAAGAUACAAGACGAGGUCAGUCUUAAGCCUGUAGAAAUCUCGACAAAAGAAGUUGAAGAUACAAAAGAAACGAUUAAAGAAGAAAUCGAAGUGGAAGCAAAUAAUUUGAUUGAUGAGGAUGGCAAUGCAAUUCAGGUACCAGCAGAGUCACCCAUACUAGAAGCUCACAUGAGUGACAAAGCUGUCAAGGAAACUAGCUCGGAUGAGAGUGUAGAAACUAUCACAAUUCAGUCUUGUCCACAGGCUGAAGAAGUUGGCAGCAAAAAACUUCGAAUAGAGGAAGUUGAUGGAAGUGAAGGCACAAAAGAAGAGGCCAUACAUGGAGAGAGUGAGUUGAAGGAAAUUCAUAAAGUACAUCCUGAAGAUGACAUACUUGAGAAGGUGGAAGACUGUGGAACAAAAUCCUCUUAUUACCUAGAGGAAAUAGACUCCAGUGAGCAGAUAGAAACACUUACAGCAGAUAUUCAAGAGCCAACAAGGGAGACAGAAGCAUCUGGAACAAAAGGACCAGAAGAAGAAGAGAUACAAGACGAGGUCAGUCUUAAGCCUGUAGAAAUCUCAACAACAGAAGCUGAAGAUACAAAAGAAAUGAUUAAAGAAAAGAUCAAAGUGGAAACAGAUAAUUUCCUCGAUGAGGAUGACAAUGCAACUGCGGUACCAGCAGAGUCACCCAUACCAGAAGUUCACAUGGAUGACAAAGCUAUCAAGGAAACUAGGUCGGAUGAGAGUAUAGAAACUAUCAGAAUUCAGCCUUGUCCACAAGCUGAAGAAGUUGGCAGCAAGAAACUUCGAAUUGAGGAAGUUGAUGGAAGUGAAGGCAUCAAAGAAAAGGCCAUACAUGGAGAGAGUGAGUCGAAGGAAAUACAUAAAGUAUCUACAAAAGAUGACAUAGUUGAGAAGGUGGAAGACUCUGGAACAAAAUCCUCUACUUACCUAGAGGAAACAGACUUCAGUGAGCAGACAGAAACACUUACAGCAAAUAUUCAAGAGACAACAAGGGAGACAGAAGCAUCAGGUACAAAAGCAGAAGAAAAGAUACAAGACGAGGUCAGUCUUAAACCUGUAGAUGUCUCGACAACAGAAGCUGAAGAUACAGAAGAAACGAUUAAAGGAAAGAUCAAAGUGGAAGCAGAUAAUAUUCUUGAUGAGGAUGACAAUGCAAUUGCGGUCCCAGCGGAGUCACCCGUACGUGAAGCACACAUGGGGGACAAAGUUGACAAGGAAACUAGCCUGGGCGAGAGUUUAGAAACUGUCACAAUCCACCCUUGUCCACAAGCUGAAGACGUUGGUAGCAAGAAACUCCCAAUUGAGGAAGUUGAUGGAAGUGAAGGCAUCAAAGAACAGGACAUGCAUGGAGAGCAAGAGUUGAAGGAAAUUCAUAGAGUAUCUGCUGAAGAUGACAUACUUCAGAAGGUGGAAGACUGUGGAACAAAAUCCUCUGAUUACCAAGAGGAAACAGACUCCAGUGAGCAGACAGAAACACUUACAGCAGAUAUUCAAGAACCAACAAGGGAGACAGAAGCAUCCAGAAAAAAAGCACCAGAAGAAGAAAAGAUACAAGACGAGGUCAGUCUUAAGCCUGUAGAAAUCUCGACAACAGAAGCUGAAGAUACAAAAGAAAUGAUUAAAGAAAAGAUCAAAGUGGAAACAGAUAAUUUCCUCGAUGAGGAUGACAAUGCAACUGCGGUACCAGCAGAGUCACCCAUACCAGAAGUUCACAUGGAUGACAAAGCUAUCAAGGAAACUAGGUCGGAUGAGAGUAUAGAAACUAUCAGAAUUCAGCCUUGUCCACAAGCUGAAGAAGUUGGCAGCAAGAAACUUCGAAUUGAGGAAGUUGAUGGAAGUGAAGGCAUCAAAGAAAAGGCCAUACAUGGAGAGAGUGAGUCGAAGGAAAUACAUAAAGUAUCUACAAAAGAUGACAUAGUUGAGAAGGUGGAAGACUCUGGAACAAAAUCCUCUACUUACCUAGAGGAAACAGACUUCAGUGAGCAGACAGAAACACUUACAGCAAAUAUUCAAGAGACAACAAGGGAGACAGAAGCAUCAGGUACAAAAGCAGAAGAAAAGAUACAAGACGAGGUCAGUCUUAAACCUGUAGAUGUCUCGACAACAGAAGCUGAAGAUACAGAAGAAACGAUUAAAGGAAAGAUCAAAGUGGAAGCAGAUAAUAUUCUUGAUGAGGAUGACAAUGCAAUUGCGGUCCCAGCGGAGUCACCCGUACGUGAAGCACACAUGGGGGACAAAGUUGACAAGGAAACUAGCCUGGGCGAGAGUUUAGAAACUGUCACAAUCCACCCUUGUCCACAAGCUGAAGACGUUGGUAGCAAGAAACUCCCAAUUGAGGAAGUUGAUGGAAGUGAAGGCAUCAAAGAACAGGACAUGCAUGGAGAGCAAGAGUUGAAGGAAAUUCAUAGAGUAUCUGCUGAAGAUGACAUACUUCAGAAGGUGGAAGACUGUGGAACAAAAUCCUCUGAUUACCAAGAGGAAACAGACUCUAAUGAACAGACAGAAACACUUAUAACAGAUAUUCAAGAACCAACAAGGGAGACAGAAGCAUCCAGAAAAAAAGCACCGGAAGAAGAAAAGAUACAAGACGAGGUCAGUCUGAAACCUGUAGAAAUCUCGACAACAGAAGCUGAAGAUACAAAAGAAACGAUUAAAGAAAAGAUCAAAGUGGAAGCAGAUAAUUUCCUCGAUGAGGAUGACAAUGCAACUGCGGUACUAGCAGAGUCACCCAUACCAGAAGCUCACAUGGAUGACAAAGCUAUCAAGGAAACUAGGUCGGAUGAGAGUGUAGAAACUAUCACAAUUCAGCCUUGUCCACAUGCUGAAGAAGUUGGCAGCAAGAAACUCCGACUUGAGGAAGUUGAUGGAAGUGAAGGCACCAAAGAAAAGGCCAUAUAUGGAGAGAGUGAGUUGAAGGAAAUACAUAAAGUAUAUGCUAAACAUGACAUAGUUGAGAAGGUGGAUGAUUGUGGAACAAAAUCCUCUGAUUACCUAGAGGAAACAGACUCCAGUGACCAGACAGAAACAGUUCAAGCAUUUAUUCAAGAGCAACCAAGGGAGACAGAAGCACUUGGUGCAAAAGCACCAGAAGAAGAAAACAUACAAGACGAGGUCAGUCUUAAGCUUGUAGAUGUCUUGACAACAGAAGCUAAAGAUACAGAAGAAACGAUUAAAGAAAAGAUCAAAGUGGAAGCAGAUAAUAUUCUUGAUGAGGAUGACAAUGCAACUGCAGUACCAGCAGAGUCACCCAUAAGUGAAGCUUACAUGAAUGACAAAGCUGUCAAGGAAACUUGCCCGGACGAGAGUUUAGAAACUGUCACAAUUCAGCCUUGUCCACAAGUUGAAGACGUUGGCAGCAAGAAACUCCCAAUUGAGGAAGUUGAUGGAAGUGAAGGCAUCAAAGGACUGGCCAUGCAUGGAGAGCGUGAGUUGAAGGAAAUUCAUAGAGUAUCUGCUGAAGAUGACAUACUUCAGAAGGUGGAAGAUUGUGGAACAAAAUCUUUUAAUUACCUAGAGGCAACAGACCCCAGUGAGCAGACAGCAACAGUUAAAGCAAAUAUCCAAGAACAAACAAUGGAGACAGAAUUAUCCGGCACAAAAGCUUUGGAAGAAGAAAAUAUACAAGAUGAGGUUAGUCUCAAGCCUGCAAAUGUCUUGACAAUAGAAGCUAAAGAUGCAGAAGAAAAGAUUAAAGAAUAUACCGCAGUGGAAGCAGAUAAGUUUCUAGAUGAGAAUGACAAUGCUACUGCAGUACCUGCAGAAUCAUGCAUAGGAGAAGCUCAUAUGGACGUCGAAGCUAUCAAGGAAAUUAGCUCGGAUGAGAGUUUAGAAAUUAUCACAAUUGAGAACAUAAGAUUAGAGCAAGAGGAGCCCAUGGUUCACAAAAAUGAAGAGAAAGAGAGCGUAAUUCCGGUGAAACCAGGUGCAGAUGAAGUCGAGGAUGUCAAAAAAAGUCCCAACACAGUUGUCAGCUCCAAGUACCUUGGUGUUGAAGAAACCCAGGAAACUGGGCAAAGUUUAAGAGUGGAAAAGCUGGAUUCAGAUAGAACUGAGGAAGGAAUCAAAGAAGAUUCUGGAACAAUGUCUGAAGCCAAAUCUCUGGGCAUUGAAAUGGUUACCCAAGGUGAAAUGACUUAUGGUCAGACUCUCCCUACAGGGAAUCUGGAAGAGGAAUUUCAAACACCAUCUUCUGCUUUGCUUUCUUUGGAACGGGAGCAUGGACCUACAACCGUAGUCAAGGAGGCAGAAGCAACCAAAAUAAUGGAAGAGGAGAUAAUCGAUGAUAAGAAUAUCGAUGAUUCUUUGGCGACAAAGGCAACAGAAGAGGCAUGCUUGCAAAAUAAAGAGCAACUUCAAACAUUAUCUUCUGCUCUGCUUUCUAAGGAACAGGAGCAUGAAGCUCAAACAGCAUUCAAGAAGACAGAAGAAGAAAGCACAAAGGAAGUGGAGACGCUAGAUGACAAGAAUAUCAACAAUUUUUCAGCAAUAAAGGAAUCAGAAGAGACGGGCUUGGAGCAAGAGGAGCCCAUGGAUCAUGAACACGUGGAGAAAGAGAGUGCAACUCUAGAGAAACAAGAUACAGAUGACGUUGAGGUAACCAAAACGGUUUCUGCCGCAGACUCUAGGCCCAAAUACUUUGGUGGUGAAGAAACUUAUGAAAUUGGGGAAAGUUUUAGAGUUGAAAAGCUGGAUUCAGAAGGAAAUGAGGAAGGAGUCAAGGAAUCUUCUGUGACAGUGUUUAAAUCUGAAUCUCUGGGCAUUGAAACGGUUACCAAAGAUGAAAUGACUCCUGAUCAGACUCUCCCUGCAGUGAAUCUGGAAGAGCACUUUCAAAUAGAAUCUUCUGAAUUGCAUUCUUUGGGACAAGAGCAUGGACCUACAACUGCAGUUAUGGACACAGAAGCAAUCAAGACAACAGAAGCGAAGAUGCUUGAUGAUGAGACGUGCCUGCAAAAGGAAGAGCAACUUCAAACCCUCUCUUCCACAUUGCUUUCCGGGGUACAAGAACACAUUGCUAAAGCAGCAUUCAAGAAGACAGAAGAAGACAGCAUAAAGGAAAUGGAGAUGUUAGGCGACAAGAAUAUCAACAAUUUAGCAAUAAAGGCAACAGAAAAUACAAACUUGGAGCAAGAGGUGCAUAGGGAGCUCAAAGUCUCCACAUUGGGUCUAGAAAUCAACAAAGAAGUACAGAAGGGCAGCUUAAAUAAAUCACUUGAGGAAGAAUAUUGCACUUUAGAUGGAUUUUCAAAAUUAGAGACUGAGGAAAACGAAGAGAGAACAUACCCUCAUAUUGUAUCAGAAACCAGAGAACUAACAAAACCAAUUGAGGAAGCUUCCAAUAUUCGCUUUGAAAUAAGUGAAAAAUCUAUUGAAUCUGCGUUGCAUGUUCACUGUCAGGAAGUACUACUCAACCCAGAAGAAAAGAUACAGGAUGAAGGUAUUGUGAAGCUUGAAGUGGAUAAUAGUUGUGAUAAGACUGAAAAUGCAACUUCAAAUGUGGAAACAACAGAAUCAAGCUCAGGGGAAGCUGCACUGAAUGACGUGUCAACAAAGGAUACUAGCUCAGUCGAGAGUAGUCUAGAAACAGUUAAAACGGUGUCCAGUACACUGGCUAAAGAAGUUGCUAGCAUGAAUCUUGAAAAAACUUCAUCAAGCUUUCUGACUCAACUCCCAAAUAUUGUUGACAAAAAUUCAGAGAAAGCAAGUGAAAGCCAGAAAAGUAUAGAUGCAAAUGAAGUUGAGGAAACCAAAACAGCUUCUGGUGCUGUUUUCGAGUCCAAAUAUCAAACUGAUGAAACUGGGGAGAGACUAACAGUGGAGAAGCUGGAUGCAGCUGAGGGUAAAGAAACCAAAGGAACUUCAGAAACAUCAUCUAACUCUAAGGCUCUAUGUGUUGAAGCAGAUAGCAAAGAUGAUGUCAUUGCUGGUCAGACACUCGCUGCAGGGAAGUUGGGAGACCAACUUCAAACUAUAUUUUCUUCAUUUCUUUCCAGGGAACAGGAGCAUGGAACCACAACCGCAGGCGAGAGGACAGAAGAAGAGGAAAUGAAGGGAGCUAAAAUGAUAGGUGACGAAAGUAUUGACAAUUCUUCUGCUGCAAAGACAACAGAAGGAACAUGCUUAAAAAUGAAAGAGCACAUGGAGCUCGAGGUAUCCACACUGGGGCUUGAAAGCAGUAAGGCCACACAUAGGGGCAGCUCAAAUGAAGUACAAGAGGAAGAAGGCAGCAAGCUAGAUCAAGCUUCAAAACUAGAGCCUCAUGAGAAAGAAGAGAUGAAAUAUGAUGAUUCUCCAUCAGUUGUCCAGAGUCAUCAAGUACUCCCAAAAUCAGAAGAUAUGAAAGAAAAGCAUCUUGAGGCAGCAAUGACUGACUUGAACGCUGAAGAGAGUCAGUGCAAGGAAACAGUUGAGGAAAAUCAAAUAUUCAAGAACCGAGUUUCUAUGGAAGAGGUCAGAGAGGUCAUGGAGGAAAAUGAAGUUGCUAAGGAUUCUCAAUCAGUUUCUCUGGGUGACGAAACAAUUAUAGAGAGCCAUCAAGGAGAUGAACUAAAAGCAGUAGCGUGUCCUGAAGAGGAGACGAACAAAACUUUUAAAGCCACAACGAAUGCAAAUCAGCAUGAAGCACUCAAGUUGCCUGAACUAAUUGACAAGGACAGUGCAAGCGAGAACAUUGAAAAGAAGAUUACAGCAGAAGAGAGCAGCUAUCUGGAUGAAGCAGAGGGGAAGAACAUUGAGGAGGCAGUAAGUGAGCUGGACCUUGAUUAUAAAAGUGGUGAAACACACAUCACAAAGGAGAAAACAGAAGUCAUAGCUCUCAGUGAAAAGGAAGUGGUUGUAGAGAUAUCACAGAAGGAAGGCACUGCAGGUUUUUCAGAAGUCAACGAAAUCACUGAAGACAUUCAGCAGCUGGAGAAGAACUCUUAUGCAGCAUCUGAAAAAAAGAUUCCAGUAGAAGAAGAGCCCAGUGAGAACAAAGAGGCAGCGUUUAUAACAGACAAUGAAGAUGUUCUACCAGUGCUACAGCAUCCAAGUGACAAAGCCUUGCAGAAAGUUGAGCUAGAACAUGAAAGACCUGGAAAAGCUACUGAGGUUGAUGCAGAAGAGAGAAGGAUUGAAUGUGAAGGAGAAAAAAGAAUGGGGGGUUCAGGUGAAAUAAACAAGGAGUCUGCAUCAGUGGAUUCAGAAAAGAUGUCAUCAUCCGACCUCAUGCAGAUAUCCAUGAAAAAAAGUUUGCACGCGGCUAAAAACUUGACAAAGGAGAGAGAACCAAUGCCCAGCAAAGCAGAAAUAAAAAAUGAAGGGGCAGAAACGACACAAAUUGACAAAGCAAGAGCAGAUGAGGAGGAAGGAGAUGAACACAAAAGAUCAGAACCAGAUUCUGAUGCUCCAGUCAUGGUAGAAGCCUCUAAAGAUACCGAGGCUAAGGUUCCUCACAAGAAAUCUCAUAAUAUCCUAUCAGGUGUUGGAUCAAAGGUCAAGCAUUCAAUUUCCAAGGUGAAGAAAGCCAUUACCGGCAAGUCUUCUCAUCCAAAGACAUCAUCACUGAAAUAAUAUAAGAAAGCAGAUGACUCCUUCAGUUGCAAAAAUUCAGAUGCAGAGACGGUUAUGUAAAAAGGGCUUGUUGUUAGUUUGAAGUUUCAAAAUUCUUUGAGUGUGGUGUGUAUUUGUACAGCUUGAAUAAGUUCGGACUCAUUAUUUGUGAAGAGUCAAGCGAACAACGGCAUGAUUGUUAUUGUAUAGCCAACCUCAUAUUGUAAAACAUAUUCUGCUCAGACAAGUAUCAAGAUGUGAUUAUAUAAAUCAAAGUGAUUAUUUGCUUGAA